AAAAAAAAAAAAAAGGCAAAAUUUUAUUUACAUCUAUGGUUCAUGAACUAUUCUUGGAUAACAUGGUGAGCAAAGAGCCCAAUCAUUUGCCAACUGCUCACAGCCACAGCAAUGGCAACUCAGAUAAAACACCCACCACCAUGACUGUGCGCUCAGUACUGCUUAACCGGAACUCUCCAGACAUUGAAAGCAGACUUAAGCGCAGACGAAGCCGCACACAGCAGGUGCGCUUUAAAGAUUUUGUGGAUGAUGGUGAGUCCAAGGAUAAAAAUGAGAAAGUGAGGAGUAACAGCCCAAUGGAGGUCCCAAACUGGAAAAAGGAGUUGACUAAUGGGCCCUCUCUGGUGGGAUCAGUCCGUGGUGACAUGGAAAAUACAAUAGGGGCAGUGACUGCAUUUUUGAAGAGAGCGCCACCACACCCACUUACCCCUGGUCCCACCAGACGCUGCUGGGUCCCAACACAUCCAUGUUCACUCACACUGCCGUUACCAAGUCAGCCAUGCAGGAGUACGGCCAUCCAAACCUCACCCAGCUUGCAGAAACCUCCCUUGCUCUGCUCCACACAGACUCGCAGUCACAGCCUGGGGGGACACUGGGAUGAUGAUGAUUCCUCUGAUGAGCUGAUUGCAUAUGUCAACUAUCCACACUGUAGAUCACAGAAGAGCCAAGUCCAACUGUGUACCCCGACUGAGCAAUCAAGGUGCCAAACAACUGAGGACAAUCAAACUGCCCUUUUGAGUAGAGUAACACCACAACUCCAGCCAUGUUCCUCUGCACCACAAAAACAGUCUCGAAGAAGGGGACAGAGGAAGUACUUAAGCAGAGCAGCAAGUGAUCCUGGGAAACCCGAGCCUCCUUGUACUUCCCCCCAAAAAACUGUACCCACUAACAAAAACCACCAUAAGUCUAACCAAUCCAAGAAAGCCCCUUCCAAAUCCAUGGCUCCUAGAACUUCAUCAUCAGAUCUGGUACCUCCACAGUGUUCUCAGACCCCCAACUUUGUCCAUAAUGUGCCAUGUAGUGUCUCCUCCACACAGACUGAACCAAAUUGUGUUUCUAAAAAACAAUCUGUCCAAAACCCCACCAAGGCCCCUUUCCAAACAUGUCUUUCCAACAGUACUUCUACACCUCCAGAGAUAGACCCUGCCUCUUGCCCACAUCAAAUGGCACCAUCUCAUUUGCCAACCUCUCAAACUUCUUCCACCUGUCCCAAAGAAACUACAAAUGUACAAUCACAAUGUUGCCUACCACUGACUGUAGUUCCCUGCUCCUCUUUGUUACAAACGGAGCAUGCCAGUUUAGCCCCAGCUCAAUCAGAGCCUUUGUGCACUACUACAGCACAAGUCACGUCCACUGUCACCACAUCAUCAACACACGUCCAAUCAUGCAUGUCUCCUUCUAAACCAACUAGGCGGUUUUGCACGCCUGCUACUCAAACCAUGACAAAUUGUAAGACUCCCCCAAUUCCUGAGUCAAACUGCAUUUCUGAUUCCCAUAUAGAACUGAAACCACCUGCUCAAUCCAGGCCUUGUUGCCAGACAUUGGAAGAAGCCACUCCAUGCUCCAACACAGCUAGCCAAAAUGCAACAUCCUGUUGUGAAGGAGUAUCAGCUGUUGCCUCGGUGAUCAGCCAAAAACCUCCAACACAACCCAUGAUGUGCAAUAACACCCCUAAUCAACCUGUAUACUCUGUAAUAUCUCCAACACAAGCUGUAAAACCUAUUAAAUCUGUGCCAAACUGUAAGAUCCCAAAUCAGAAUAUGCCAUUUGGUAGGUCUGCUAGCCCUGUGCAAACUACUAUCAAGUUAUCAACACACAUCUCAACACCUAUUCAUCCUACCACAUCUUGUAAAAUUCCCAUACAGUCUAUACCAUACUGUGCCCAAGACAAACCAGGUGCCAACACAACCUUUGGCUCUCCUACACAACAUGCAUCAUCUCAUAAUUUUUCAACACAAACACUCCCUCGCAUGACAUCAUUUUCUCCCGGGCCACCCUGUGCUGUUGCUCCACAAAUUGCAUCACAAUUUAAGGGCCCCGUUCCAGCUGCUGCACAAACUGCAAUGUGCAUUUUGGAUUCUCAAAAUGUGCCCGUUCUUAUUUACAGCCCUUCCACAGAACCUAUGCCAAGUAAACUCACCGCUGUGCAAACAUUGCCACACUGCAACUCCAGUGUGCAAAAUGCAGUGUCUUACAACAGCCCCUCUCAAAUUGUGCAAAACUUAAAGACUUCAAUACAAACAGUUCCACACUCCAAAUCAUUUCCACAAAAUAUGUCACCCAUUCUUGGUCCACACGAGGCUGUGUUAUACGCUAGUAAUCCCCAGGAAACUGUGCUUCCCUCUACAAAUUUCAGGCAUUCCUUACCUCCAUAUGUUUGCCCUUCACAGACUGCUCUGCGUUACUCUAACACUGAGGCGAGCCCCUCUCCUCCUCAGGCCAUUUGCAGCACUCAGGAACGACGAGACUGGAGAGAGUUUAUGCAUCCUCCACCGCCUCCUCCACCUCCUCCAUACACGCCCCGCAAAGAGGGCUCCUCGACUCCUGGACAAAUCCGUAAGCCUCCUGUCCCCAAAGUUGAGAACAACAACAUGGAAAAAGAGAGAGGGAAAACUGGGGUCGCAAAGCCAAAUGCUGAAGCACGUACUCAGCAUAAGAGAUGUGAAACUCCACCUCCUAUCCCUCCCAAAACUAAGGCGAGAGCCAUGGUUAGGCCCACCUGUUUAAGCAGUCGACGUGCAAUCCUCGGCCCUGAAUCCCAGUCCAAUGCAAACAACCUGCCCCCAGGUGCAGGAAUGAACCCCCAGGCUCCUCUUGGACCAGCAGAGGGCCAGGCAGACACACUGCGGCAGGUGCAGGAGUUGCUGGGAGGGCUCAUGUCGGGAGCUAAAUGUAAGCUGGAUCUGGCAAAGGCAAAAGAAAAACUUUUUGGCCCAAACGGCCCUCUGUACGACAUUGGGACUUUGCAGUCUCAGUUGCACAGCCUGGAAGGGGUGCUGGAGACCAGCCAGAACACCAUCAAGGUUUUACUGGAUGUCAUUCAGGAUCUGGAGAAGAAGGAGGCUGAGCGAGAUGGAAGACACUCGUAUCGAACCGGACAGGACAUUGAGAACUGUGGCACCUGCAGAGAUUGUGCCUGUAUCAUAUACAGUGUGGAGCAUGACUUCCGUCUUCAGGAGGGUCAGGUGACGCGGGUGUGGAAGGUUCCGGAGCAGCAGGAAUCAGAGCAGAGUUCUCCUCAGCUCGUCUUUCCUCCUCAGCGUCAACAGGACUCGCCGCAUGCCCUGCAGACGAUCAAGAAGAGCCGCAGGAAAUGCUUCUGGUUCCUCUGAACUCUCUGUUAGCAGGAUGUGACAUCAUUUGUCAACCAAUACCAAGUCUCUUCCCUUCAGGUCCUCCAAUUCUUCUCUUUUAGAGAUACCUUUUCCACUGUCCAUCUCUUGACUUGGAGCCUUUAUUUAUUAUUAAGUCAGCAUUAUGUCUUCUGUCAUUUUCACAGAAAGCUCAUUUUUUAAACCGAGAUUAAUGUUGUGGCUGUUCGCUUUGAUAUUACGGAUUUAUGGACCAUGGCAAGAAUUAACUUCCCUUAAAGGAAUGAUUCACCCAAAAAUUGUAAUUCUGUUAUUAUUAGGGCUGUUGAAUAUGUUUAAUAGUUUGAUAAUGCAUUUAUCUUACCACAAUAAGAAAUAUUCCUACCUAAUAUCAGAGCAACUCAAGCUUGAAGUACCAUCUGUUUUCAGCAGGGGGCAGUAAGCUGAACUCCAGCUGUAUAGGCAAUGUGCAGCUGAAUAGAGAUCAAACCACUCAGGCCUGUUUGACACUAGUGACAGCACAAGAUGAGGACGUGUUCUAACAUUCAAACACAGCUUGACAAAGCGCAUACUUUGUCUCGAUACGCAUUUUCCUGAGUUUCAAACUAUGUUUAACGUGACAUAGCGACCUAAAAACACUGUUCAUGACAAGACUCAACCAAGUGAGAGCUCCAAAAGCAUCCAUCUGAUGCAGGUGUACAUUGACGUGUCCUAAGAAAAGCCCUAAUAAUAAAUCUAUUUCAGACAGAAUUAUGUUUUCAAUUACCAAAUUGGAUUACUUUAGACUGUUGGCCAAUGCAAGGCUUAUGUUCAACGAUAUGGAAAUAAAUAAUAAUAUUGACCUAUAAAGCCACUUUUUGUAUGGUGUGAUCAAUGCUUUACUCGUGUGCCACAGUAAUGUAAUGCAUUUUAAUGAUAUAAAUUGUUAUAUUUAUAAUCUAUAUUAUAUUUAUGAUUUAAAUAUAACUAUUUAGAAUUAUUUAAUCAUAUAUUAAAUUAUUGUUAUUUGAGGGCCUUUCUCAGCAAAUAUUUGUAUAUUAGAUUAAUUGUGAUUAAUUCGAUUAAUUGAUAGGCUUCUCAUUAAAAAUGUAAUCGAUUGACAGACCUAGUUAUUGUUUACCAAACCCAUAUGCUGUAAUUUUUCCAUGGAACACAAAAGGAGAAAUUUGGAAGAAUCCUCAUUUAUCCUCAUGUACAUGUAGUCCAUAUGACUUGUGUGCUACAUUUAAGGAUGCACACGUGCACAAUUAUUAGUCAAGUGAGGAUUCUGAUCAUCCAUGCAAAUUUUCCAACUCCAAACCAUAUAAAAUUGAAUGUUUAUUGGAUUCAAUCAUUUUCACGGGAUAUAUAUUUGUGUAAUGAGGGAGGGUGUGGCGAAAGUGACUAACACCUUAUAUCAAGGUGUGCAUAAUUAUUAGGCAUCUUCAUUACCUUCAUUACCAAAUUGGGCCAAAAAAGAGAUUUAACUGGCACUGAAAAGUAAAACAAUUUAAAAUGUCUUUCAGACGGAUGCAACACUCUUGAAAUAGCUAAACUAUUAAGGCGUGACCACCGAACGACAAUCUAACGUUUUGUUGCGAAUAGUCGACUGGGGCGCAAAAAAUGAAUGGAGAAGAAAAGGCGCAAAUUAACUACAAAAGACUUGCGAAUAAAUAAACGUGAAGUUACCAGGAACCCGUUAUCCUCCAAUACCACCAUAUUCCAGAACUGCAACCUACCUGGAGUGUCCAGAAGCACAAGGUGCCAAGUGCUCAGAGAUAUGGCCAAGGUCAAGAAGACUGAAACACGACCACCACUGAAUAAGAUUCACAAGUUGAAGCGUCAAGAUUGGGCAAAGAAAUACCUGAAAACAGAUAUUUCAAAGGUUUUAUGGACAGAUGAAAUGAGAGUGACUCUUGAUGGACCAGAUGGAUGGGCCCAUGGCUGGAUCACUAAUGGACACAGGGCACCACUUCGAGUCAGGCGCCAGCAAGGUGGAGGAGGGGUACUGGUAUGGCCUGCUAUAAUUAAGGAUGAGGUAGUUGGAUCUUUUCGAGUUGAAGAUGGACAGAAACUCAACUCCCAAACCUACAGCCAGUUACUGGUAAGUACUUUUGUCAAACUGUGGUACAAGAAGUAGUCCUCAGCAUUCAAGAAGGCAGUGAUCUUUAUGCAGGACAAUGCUCCAUCAAAUGCAUCCAAGUACUCCACUGCUUGGCUAACCAGUAAGGGCCUCAAAUAUGCCCAAAUAAUGACUUGGCCCCAUUCCUCAACUGACAUAAAUCCUAUUGAGAACUUGUGGGCCCUCCUCAAACUUGAGAUUUACAGUGAGGGAAGGCAAUACACCUCUUUGAAAAGCAUUUGGGAGGCUGUGGUUGCAGCGAAAGUUGAUCAUGAACAGAUCAAGAAACUGACGGACUCCAUGGAUGGAAGGCUCAUGGCACUUACUGAAAAGAAGGGUGGCUAUAUUGGCCACUGAAUAUUUUUGAAAGGCCAAAAAUGUUAUUUAAUUGUCAUUUUGUGUUACUUAUUUGUUGCGCUUACUCUAAAAAUUGAGAAUAAACAAUUGAGUUGGGAUAAAUUAUUUUUGUGAUUUAGUUGCCUAAUAAUUGUGCACAAUUAUAUACCCCCUUGAGAAAGGCAAAACUAACUUUUUCUUUGUUAAACAUUAAGGUCUGAGGUUCAAUAACAUUAUGGAUUGCAUUACGUGCAGUCAUGCAUUAGCCAUUGAUCUAUUAUGACAGCUGUUCUGUAAAGAACGUUAACCAAUAACAGUUGUAAAACUAUGUAAAGUGUAGCUCUAGGACCGAAAAAAUUGUUCUGUGAUGUAGCCCACAAUGAAACCUAAUGUAUUAUAAGCAUGGUGUGCUCACAGAAUAAAAGAUAGUUUAACACGUUAAGCACUCGGCACCUCAUUGAAAACAGCCUUCUUAAUCAGCAUUGAUUGCCUAAAACAGUCAUUUUCUAGGCUACUUACUCAAGAGCAUACAUUUUUUGAUGAGCAACUUUAACUCGUCAAUAUGGUCCGGUGAAAGACAGGACGUGACUCACCUGAGGCGGCUAUCCUGCACUUGAAAAAGCCUGCUCAGCAGGAAAAUAACUUACAAGACACACAGAUUUAAAGAAGACUCAAAUGUGAAUUCAUCCACAGCGACAUGCAAGCCAACGUUUCAGAUAUCCGGUACCCGCACCACCACCGAAGUGAUUACUAUAGCUACUUUACUGAGUUUGGAUAUUUUCCUGCUCGUGCUGCGAGUGAGAGGGAAGAAGCACACGAAGCCUGAGAUGAAUUGAAUCCUAUUUUUUAAAUAAUAUUUGUACAAUUUUUAACAUUAAUAUGACAGUAUUUUAAGAGCAGCCUUUGUUAAAAUAUAAAGCUAAAUGUAAAUGUGUACAAAUCUUGAAAAGAUUAAUGUGGAAAAUUGAAAAUCACCGAAUAUUCCAGUGUAGACUAGCAGCAUCAGAACCAUUUAGUCGACUAGUCUCGCACAUCCCUUAUUAAGGAAAGUUUUUAGUUGAAUCAACUUUUAAUUAAUUUAAGUUCCCUUGGUUAAAUGAGUUUUAUUUAGUAAUAUGAACAUUGUAGUAUUGAGUAAAACUGACAAAAUUCAAAGUUAAUUUCGGUGAAUGCAUUAUGGUAUAGAACUGCAUGAAGAUUCUUAAAAAUGUACAUUUUUGAAACAAAAAAAAAUAAAUGCUUAGUGGUUUGGAACGACAUGAGGGUGAUGACUAAACGAUAACUAUUUCAUUUUUGGGUGAACUAUCCCUUUAAGAGGCUGAAAAGAGGCUUCCUGUUGGUUAUUGUGUCCCUUUUAAUCAAUUCUUACUACCUAAAGAGAGAUGAACUUCAAAGGAGGAUAUUUAAAGAGAGAAAGAGACAAGAAAAUCAGAGGAAACAUGAGUAAAAGGAGGUGAGAAUGCUGAUUCAUCAUUUUUGGAGCAAUGAGGGUUAAACCACCAGCUUUUAUAUGAUGAAAACAUUUCAAGAAAUCAGUGAUUCCACGUGCUUAAUGCUUUUAUGUAGAUGAUCUAACAACUAUACACAUCACGAUAUUUAAGAGCAGAGAUAAUGACGACUUCGGUUUCAUUCUUUGUGAAUGCCUAAUCUCAGAAUCCAUUAAAAAGCUUAAUAAAAUAUU